AUGGCGGCAGUAGGCCCCUUCGUCCUUCCCGGGGACGACAUCGAUCCCUCUCUGAUUCCCUCCCACCCAAAGCUUCCCCUGCGACUCGGCCCCGGUCUGCGACAUGUCCCUCCCCGCGAUAUCAAGCCCACUAUCGCCGGCAACCUCGCCAUAGACGCCAAGAAGAACUCUAUCUGGGUUGAGCAGUCGCGCGGAAGGUACGUCCCCUCCGUUGGUGACCUCGUCAUCGGCACCGUCCAGCGCUCGGCCCAGGAGGCCUUCCUCGUCCACCUCGCCGACUACUCCGCCACCGUUCUCCUUCCCCAGUUCUCCUUCGAGCUCGCCUCCAAGAAGAACCGCCCCCAGCUGCCCUCGGGCGCCCUCGUCUACGCCCGCGUCGCCAGCGCCGAGAAGCACAUGGACGCCGAGCUCGAGUGCGUCAACCCCUCCACCGGCAAGGCCGACGGCCUCGGGCCCCUGACGGGCGGCAUGCUCUUCAAUAUCUCCCUCGGCAUGGCACGCCGCCUGCUGAUGCCCCGCAGCGCCGAGGAGGGCAAGGUCGUCGUGCUCGACGAGCUCGGCAGCCUCGGCGCCGCUUUUGAGACGGCCGUCGGCAGGAACGGCCGCCUGUGGGUGAACAGCGAGAGCGUCAAGACGAUCAUAGCCGUCGGCAGGGCCGUGCAGCAGACAGAUGAAGGCAGCCUCACGGUGGAUGAGCAGCAGAAAUUGGUACGGAAAUUGAUCAAGGAUUUGAGUUGA